AUGCCGCCACCACCGGACCACCUGGCCGACCUGGACCUUAGCGUCCGAUUCCCCGAAUCGCCCGAGAUCUUGGACGAUAAGCUGCCGACGAAGUUUACUGACCCUUGCAAGCAGGCGGCGCUGCAGUCUAUGCGGUGUUUAGAGCGCUAUGGACAUGAUAAGCUCAUGUGUCACAACGAAUUUUAUAUCUAUCGCCAGUGCAAGAAGGAGUUCACACGCCAGCUGCGGGAGAGUCGCCGUGCCUGA